CACAGGUGAGCUGUUAGCUGCUGCUGAGCCGCUUGAAGCUGCGCCAAAAGCACAGGAACUGGUUGUCCAGAAUGGGAGGACGGUGUAAACGGAGGGAGCUAAAGGAAACCAGUGAUGGGACAUCAGCGGCUGGUGUCUCUCCUCUACCGGAGACACACUCGCCUGUUCCCGGCUUCACUGACCAGGAUGUGGGCGGUGGUAACAAAGGCUCAAGAUGUUCUCUUUACGGCGAUGAGAAGGUCUACCCCGGGGUCCGUGUCAAGAUGCCAGUGAGGGAUCUGCUGAAGAAGAUCCGCGUAGACAAAGGCUACGAAGUUCAUGACUUUCAGAAGAUAUACGGCAAAUCAGUCAAAGGAGACGGACAUAAAGUCAAGAUGCGUGCAGCGCAGCGAAGUUACAAGAGAAAGCGCUCCACAAAGAGCCUGGAGGAGCUGGCGAUCAUCGUGGAGGUGCUGGAGGAGGACCUCAGGACGGGCAACACCUGCCGCUACCCUCCCCAAUCUCUGCCGUCCCCCAACCCUCCAGUGUCUCCUGACUGGUCUCAGACCGGCUCAGGGUACAACAGUGACGAGUCCGAUGAAAUGAUCCCCAGCCCCGACUUCUACGGGACCUCCUCUCUGUGCUCAGCAGGCAAGUACCAGCAGGCCCGGUCCCAUCCGGGCUUCACGCGCACCGGCCUCCAGCCCUCCGGCAUGGGGAACAUCGGGGGAGUCGGUGGAGGAGAGGGGCAGUGGGCCAAUACCCAGAACCAAGACGGGAACCUGUACAACCUGUACAACUCCACUUUCUUCUGGGCUCAGCUUCAGAGAGAGGAGAGCCAGCUCGGGGACGUCUCCGACGCCGAGCUGCUGGCCCACGACGAACACGGCAGGAC